ACAAGAAAUUAAUGGAGAUAGAGUACUGUGACAGCAACAAAUGGAUAACAUUGUCUUCACUAACACUUCAUCUUGGCAGUUCGUCUCAGCUGCCUGCAUCAUCGUGUAAGCAAAUUGCACUCAACUACAAAUCAUCGUCCAGCAAUGGACAAUAUUGGAUCAAACCAGCUGCCAGUGACGUACCAUUCAAGGUAUUCUGUGAUGCGAAUGAAGGUUGGACUUUGAUUAUGAAAGUAGAUGGGAAAUUACCGACCUUCUACUAUGAUAGCAAACUGUGGUCUAACAAGGAGACAUUUCAAUCAAAUAAUCUGGCGUUGGAUGAUAAAGAAACGAAACUGGCCUCGUACUGGACACUACCAUUUACUGAAGUUCGUUUGGGAAUGAAAGUAGAUGGAACGAUCAGAUGGAUCACUUUAAGCUAUACCGCAUCGUCUCUCUACAGUCUUAUUGCCGAUGGACAGUACAGGAAGACGAGUAUCGGUGAGAGUAAAUGGAGAAGUUUACUGCCAAGGUCGUCUUUGCAGAGAAAUUGCAACAAGGAAGGAUUCAACACAAGAAGCACUCACUCAACAUAUGGCCCAAAAUGUGGUCGAGCUCGCGUAGGCUUUAUUGCUAACGAGCAGAACAACUGUGACAGUCCUGAUUCCUUUGUUGGUAUCGGAACGCAACAUUUAACAUAUAGAAAUAGUGCUGGAAACUAUGCGGACAGCCAUCCAGACAAUGGUAACGUAAACAUCAGAGCAAUUGGUUACAUCAUGGUACGCUGAAAUAUUGCAAUGAUCAUGUUAUGACAUCAAUGGAUAUUCUGUUCAGUCAAAUUACAUGAGAUGGACAUAACUCAUAUUGUUAACAAUAGUCGCUUUCUAUUCCUAUUAUUUUACUGAUUUGCUUACGAGUUUUAGUGUAAGGUAAUAGAGUUAGCAUGACUAGAUAAACAUGAACAAAGACUUGAUUGUAAUGUUUCAAAGCCUAACUUCAAGAAAGGGUGUGAAGCUUGUCAAUGGUAGCUAUC